UUGCGUUUAUUGCGGAAACCUGUAUUCCAGUUCAACACUAUGAUGAUAGAUGAAAGAUCUUCAAUGUGUCAAAAUGAUAUUUUGGAAAAAGGACCUAAGAAAUCAAAGAUGACAGACCAGUCACGUCUGGCAAGUUUCUUUUCAUACCCUUAUACGUCUGAGGUAGGUGCCUUUGUGCUGGCAGAGGCAGGCUUUUAUUACAAAGGACAAAAUGAUGCGGUAAUUUGUCGUCAUUGCGGACUCAAGUACAGUGGAUGGCAAAAGGGGGAUAAUCCCAAAUGCAUACAUUUGAAACAAUCUCCCAAAUGUUCAUUCUUUCAAACAAGUAAAUCUGAAACUGGUGUCUACGGAUGCAGUUCUGAAAAAGGAAAUAUACUAUUGUCUGGAGCAAAUGGUGGACCGGAAGACAUAGUGUCAGAGCGAAAAUACGACACAGAGCAUCACAUAAAAAGCAAGACAUAUACCACGCAAAUAAGUUUCCAGGAAACAAAGAGUACCCCUAAAGCGGUCACAGAAGUACAAACAGAAGAAAAGACAUGUGUAUCCGAUCAAAAUGUACCUGACAAUGCUGUACAUAGGGAUGAUAGGAUACGUUUUAAGACAAUUUACGAUCCUUAUAAUGAAAAUGAGGCGAUAGAAGAACAACACGAAGCUGAACACUUUUUAAGGACGGAAGAUUCGGCGACUACUACUGCUCCAAUCGAGACACAAACAGUCGAAUCACGUGUAGACAACACCAGGGAGGAUUUGUCUGAUUCUAACCAUGUCUCUGAAGGUCAUUCGGACACAACAGUUAUCGAAACAACUACUGGACCGUUGGAGACGACCCGACCGAAGUAUGAGCAGUUCUCUGUUCUCGCCACCCGUCUUAACUCAUAUAGACACUGGCCAAAACAUCUCAAACAACGUCCCGAGGUCUUAGCAAAAGCUGGUCUGUUUUAUGAAGGAACAAACGACUUCGUGAGAUGCUUCCACUGCGCAGGCGGAUUACGUGAAUGGGACCCGGAAGAUGAUCCCUUUUAUGAGCAUGCGCGCUGGUUCCCUUUUUGUCCGUUCAUGAGACUGAUCAAGGGCGACAAGUACAUUACGGGUGUCCAGUCUGGAACAAUCAAACCACCUGAUAUACAGCCGGAUUAUAAACUAAAGUCAGGACAACGUAAAGAAUCAAACUUGUUUGACCAUCCGGCUGUACUUAGCAUCAUGGAGAUGGGCUACAGUAAAACUAUACUGACUAAAGCAAUUACAAUCUACAGGAAACGCCAUGGAACGGACUUGAAAGCCGAAAAGUUAUUGCCUAUUGUCUGGGAAAUCCAAGAAAAUAACAUGGACGUCAUUACCGACGAGGAGAUUUUUGAAAUUGAACAGACAAAGGAUAAUGAAACAGAAACGCGAUGUGAAAGUAAAAGUGAUAUAACGGAACUAGUUACGGCAGCGGAAAGUACCACUAAAGGUAAUCAAUGAUGUCAAACUUGUAAAAUUGUCUUUUUAUGUAAGUGGCGAAUGAUUGAUUUCUUUAUCUCAAAAUUAUUGGGCUACUUAAACACAUUUUAAUA